CCCAACCAUUCCGGCCGCGGCGCGCGACCUGACCGCAUUGCGUCGCUCGGGGCCGCUCCCUCGCGCUCCGCGACGUGUUUACAUACCGCGACACGCUCGUCGCUAAACGCUACAACCGCCGGUAUCCCGUGCGAGUGCCAAAUGAUCUAGUGUUCCGUUAAACUCCGUGCCAGUUCAGUGCAGUGACACGACACGUACUCCCCGCGAAGUGCUCCGCUCAUCAUAUUUGCCCCGGCUCCGUCGCCCAUCUGUACAAAUACAGUUGAUCUGUUUAAUUUACCUAUUGAUGGAUUGGAAUGAGGUUCGACGACACCGCACUAAGUGUUUGACGUGCCAAGGAAUUCGUUUCACGUAUGUAGAAAACAAAUAAAGUUCGGAAAACAAAGGAUAGUUGGGCAGCUCCGGAGUGGCAUUGCUUGUUUAGGUGCCCAUGGUGACAGGUGGAUCGUGUUCACAGUCUGUCAAGUCAUAGAAUAUUCAUUGGAAAAGGAGAUUUGGAUGCUGUGACUUAUGGAAUAGGGCUGAGCAACAUGAGAGGGAGUACGAGGGCGGACCGGUGGGGCUGACAGAGAUGCGCUCCAAGCAGCAACCGCGGCCGUCCUACCGCUGGCUCAACACCAACGAAAACGAGGAAGCAAACAGUCCCGACAGCGGUGUGAAGGAGCGCGUCGAUCGCCAGGAGCGGGGCGAGGGGGAGGGCUCCCGCUCCGUGUCCCCCGCGUCCCGCGCUUCCCCUGCCCCUGAUGAGAGGGACGACAUCGAGCACAGCAUACCGGCGACCCUGAUACAGGAUCCCAAUGCAGAGAGGGAGAGCCCGAGAUGUCUGUCGCGGGAGUCGUCGGGUGCUCCGCGAUGUCCCUCCAAUGACUCGGUGUACUCCGGGCGUAGCGGGCCGGGCCUCCCCCUCCCCGCCGCACUGACGGCCGCCCUGCCCGCCGCAUUGCCUGCUGCACUCCUCCCCCCGCAUUCUGCAGCUGUCGCCGCCUACCUGGGCGCCGCAGCCGCGGCCGCGGCGCAGCAACGACUCUUCAUGUCGUGUCAAGAUGACAUGACCGAUUCCGAACGAGCUGAUGCUGUUUUGGAUUUCAGCACCAAGCGGAGUGAUUCACCACACGACGACGAAGACGCUGACGAUGCGGUAAAUCUCAGCAAAAAUGAGAAUGGUCCUUUGGAUUUGUCGGUAGGCACGAGAAAACGGGGGCCGGAGGAUUCACCAUCUCCGGUCCCAACGAGGAAGAGUUCUCGGUCUGUAGAUUUUAAACCAUCUCCAUCACCAUGGACAACACCUGUAGCACCUCAUUUGCCAUAUUUUGCAGCGGCUGUGGCUGCGGCGAGCUUAUCUCCGAAAGGUGGGGUACCCGCUGAUUGGAAUGGUAAACUAAAACAUGGAGCGCCGACACCGAGUGAUGCGACGAAAGCGCUGGAAAAGAUGAGCGAGCUUAGUAGAUUGGGUGGUGAGGAACUUUUUCGAUCUGUACAGAGUGCGGCAUUGGGUGCUGGUCUAGCUCCAAACGCAGCAGCCAGACAUUCUGCUUGGCAAUCGCAUUGGCUCAAUAAAGGUGCAGACCAAACGAAAGAUGUUCUCAAAUGUGUAUGGUGUAAGAAGAGCUUUAAUUCUCUUGCAGACCUGACAGUUCAUAUGAAAGAAGCCAAGCAUUGCGGAGUCAACGUGCCUGUACCUCCGGUAACAGGUGCGCCGAUUCCCUCUUCUUUACAGCCACCAUCUAGUUCACCUUCAACUCCAUCUCAUAAUUCAUCUUCCUCUAGUAGCUCUUCGAAACCAAACCAGAGCGAUCUGAAUAUGCUAAUAAAAGAGAAUAUGCCGAUUCCUAGAAAGUUAGUUCGAGGUCAAGAUGUGUGGUUAGGUAAAGGAGCUGAGCAAACUAGGCAAAUACUAAAAUGCAUGUGGUGUGCAGAAAGCUUCCGUUCGCUGGCCGAAAUGACCAGCCACAUGCAACGAACUCAACACUAUACGAACAUUAUUUCACAAGAACAGAUUAUAUCGUGGAAGUCUUCCGACGAAGCAAAAGGUUCUAAUUCUAGCGGCCCAGGGGCAAACAAUGCGGUUCCCCCCACUACAGGUACAAGUAGUCACGUUAGCGCUGUAUUAACUUGUAAGGUAUGCGAUCAAGCUUUUAGUUCUUUGAAAGAAUUGAGUAAUCAUAUGGUCAAAAAUUCACAUUACAAAGAGCACAUCAUGCGAUCUAUUACGGAAAGUGGUGGUAGGCGGCGCCAAACCCGCGAAAAGAGGAAGAAAUCGUUACCAGUUAGGAAACUUCUUGAGUUAGAAAGAGCACAGCAUGAGUUCAAAAAUGGGGAGGGCAAUGGUGUUCCUAUGGGAAAACCUAUUAGGGACUUCGGUACAGGAAGUCGUAUUACUUGCGAAAAAUGCGGUGAUAAAAUUGAGACUGCUGUAUUUGUCGAGCACAUACGACAAUGUAUAGGCGCGCCUAUGUCAAAUAGCCAAAGGAAUUUUUUGAAGAGUGCACUUCUUUCGAAUAAUAUUCCCAUUCCUCCCGAUGUACCUGGACAUGUUACACCGACGGGUCGCGAUGGUCGCAAAAGUAUUAAUGAGGAAUUACCGUCUCCUGGUUCAGCUCACCAUCGGUCUCCUUCUUCCGUGAAUGAUUCUUCCCCUAGUUCCAAAGAUCCCAAUGCUAGUAAUGAUAAAAGUUCGUCGCCAUCGGUUCUCAAUGCCAUAGAACAAUUGAUAGAAAAGAGUUUCGAUACUCGAUCGCGACAUUCUGUUCCGGGAAUGCCAGGCGGGGCAUCACAUGCGCCCAUCGGUUCUAGUAUUUUGAAAAGAUUAGGAAUAGAUGAGAGUGUAGACUAUACGAAACCAUUAGUAGAUCCGCAAACAAUGAGCAUGUUGAGGAACUAUCAUCACCAGCAAGGUUACGGUCGGCGCGAGCGUAGUGGCAGUGAAUCUAGUUCGAUGUCGGAGAGAGGCGGUAGUAGAGUCGAAUCUCUUACUCCUGAUAGGAAAUUAGAUGCGUAUCACAUGACUCCACGUACUACGCCAGAUACACGGGGUUCUCAAACCCCUGCUUCUGAGGAUCGUCCCAAUGAAGUGCGAAUAAAAAGAGAAGUCACCGAAGAGGAGGAUCGCGAAAAUGGGGUAGAUCUAAGCAGUCAGCCGGUGCGAGUAAAGACUGAGGUCGAUGAAGAUGAGGAACCUCCGCGGCCGGGAAGCUCGAACGAGGAGGAAAUGAAAGCGGUUCCAAAACGCGAAAGCGAGGGUCCCAGCCCUGCUGCUAGUCCUCGCAGCCCAGCUAGCGAUCGCUCAGCUCACACUCCUGGUGCCGAUAGAAAGCCGGCUUCCAGUUUAGGCGCGUUGUCUUCUAUGUUCGACAAUUUAGCCAGCGGUGGCUCGUCUAAUGAACCGAGUUCGUCCCGUCGUAGCGGCAGUCACCCAUUAGCGGCACUUCAGAAGUUAUGUGACAAAACCGAGAAUAAUCCAUCUCGAGCUCCGGCGCCGGCGCCUUCUCCGGCCGGUCCGCCAAGCAUUCUCACGUUUAGCUGGGCUUGUAACGAUGCGGUAGUCACGGACUCGAUAAUGAAGUGCGCUCUUUGCGACACACCGUUUAUUUCGAAGGGCGCGUAUCGACAUCACCUCUCAAAAAUGCAUUUCGUGAAAGAUGGAGCGCUACCGGAACCGGUGCCGAUGAAGGCGCCCCCAGCGGCCGCGUCGCCGGGCACUCACAAGAGUGGCGGCUCUAACACUGCCUCGCCGCAGGACCCUCGGAGUCCUUCUCAGUCUUUCGACGAGAGUCCCCAUUCCAAGUUCCUCAAGUACACCGAACUUGCGAAGCAGCUAUCCAGUAAAUACGUGUAGAAUGUACAUAGGUCAGCGGGCCAUCAAUUGUGAUGAUACCAUAUCCAGCUACGUUAAACCUUGCUAGGGUUAGGUCGCCGCGGCGGCGCUAAGUAUUUCGAAACUCUUUGCCAAUUUAAUUAUUUAGAUAAUUAUUGUUAGAAUUCACCGCAUCGUUCGGUUAGUGUAAUUUACGACUAGUGACUUAAGUAUACGCCAAACGUCUUACGUUCGUUAGAUGUAAGAGAAUAUUUUCAAAAUAUUUGCCUUUAGGUGAUGUCGACGCGUCGUCGGGGGCCCCCGGGCCGCGCUUAUCUUCCACGCUACUCGUAAUUCCAUUUCGGUAAUUGUAAAUAUAAGUCACAUUAAGUCAUAAAGUUCGAUUCGAUCUCUUGUAAAUGUAUAUUUUUUGCUAAUAAUCUAAAAAUGAAUACUUAAUUUUAAUUGCGGUUCGCCUUGCAUGUGAUUCGAUUGGCCGCAACUCGGUCGCGUUGUCGCAUUUUCAGUAUUGAGAAAAUUCGUUGCAAUAUCUUUUUUUUUUUUUAUAGUUACUUAAUAUUUUUAUGUAAAUCAGAUGUUGAAGUUAAGAUUAGAGCGGUUCUUAGUUUAUUUCUAUGUAUAUUUUGAAGUUCUCUCGUUUUGCGAAGUGGAGCGUCGGUGCAUGUAAUCUCGGAGAUCCAAUCUCAUUGUUUCAGUUCGUGGUGUACAUACGAAUCGACAUAGGACGCAAUACUAUGUCCUUAGUGUAAAUUUGCUCUAGGUACGCUCUCCCUGUGAGGUGGCUAUUUAUUAUUUAGUGUUAAGUACAUAAUUUUAGGUGACCUAUGUCUGUGAACACUUGUAUACCAUUGUAUCAUCGCAUUACGAUUGGUUGUCCGAACCAAUAUAUUUAAAAGUGAUAUGAAUAUGUUAUACCUGUUUUUUCUUUGAAAAGGAUUUACUACAGAAGUAUACGUUUAGAAUUCAAGUGUAUUGAAUCUUCCAGUGAAACGACAGAUAUACGAUGUGUAUAUACGGUACAAGCGAGUGUAAACUCUUUUAUAUUUAAUAAAAAAAAAUAUUGUAAACGACUAAUGUAAGACGAUAUCAAUCAGUGAAGCAAAUGUGUACUGUACAUUGGUCGCGUGGGACGCAAACGUGGAUGGCUAUAAUCACAUCCCUAAACUGGUGCCAUUCGUGUUAGAUCGCCUUCAAAAGAUGGCACUACGAAUUGCAGUUUCCAUUCCACAUUUGCGUCAAAUCCGACCAGUUCAAUACAAAGUUUAAAUGAAUAACUAUCAUUUUAUCUAUAAUGAAAACAUACGACAAAUAUUAUGUAUACGCUAGCUCUGAUGAGAGAUUUUUGCUCAUUCUUUAAUAAAAAAAAAAAAAAAUGGUGUUGAAAAUAUUGAUUUUACCAAAUUUAAUAAUCUUAUUUAAUAUUUUAUGUUGUAUUUCAAAAUGCAAUUAAAAGCUCAAAGAAAUAUAUAUGUUACAUACUUUAAAAUGUUUAUUUUAUUU